UUUCCUGUCAGUCACUGUUUUGGAUCUUUAUUUAAAAAUUGGGGGAUUAUGCAAAGUAAGAGAAAACACCUGAUCGCCUCUAGUUACCAUAUAUGUCGGAUAACAAUGCCAACUCGAAGCGAUUGCCACGAUGGUGGUCUGGAGGCGUUUGCUCGGCGUUGGCAGUGACCGCGACCCAUCCCCUCGAUCUGAUAAAGGUGCAGCUCCAGACGCAGUCAGGUGCCGACAGGAAAUCCGUUGGUGAAAUCAUGGGCAAUAUCUAUCGGCAAGGUGGUUUUCUGGGUUUCUAUAACGGAAUAUCGGCGUCCUGGUUCCGCCAGCUCACCUACACCACAUCCCGUUUCGCACUGUACGAGUGGGGCAAGCAGUUUGUCGACGCCAGCCAGGUCAGCUCCAAAGUGGGACUGGCCAUUUUUGCUGGCGUCUUGGGAGGAUGCGUGGGAGUUCCCGGCGAUGUGGUCACCGUGCGAAUGCAGAACGAUGCCAAAAUGCCGCCGGAAUCGCGUCGAAAUUACAAGCACGUCUUCGACGGCCUCUAUCGAAUCCAGAAGGAGGAGGGCGUCAGCAGUCUGUUUCGGGGAGCAGUGCCGGCUGUUACGAGGGCCAUUGUCCUGACGAUUGGAACCAAUGCAGCCUACGACCAGGUCAAGCAAAUGCUGCAGUCCGCCACUGGAAUGACGGACGGCCUGCCGCUGCACUUUGCCACGUCCACGCUGGCCGGAUGCAUUGGAACGGUGAUGACCCAGCCGAUCGACGUCAUCAAGACGACGUACAUGAACGCCAAGCCGGGUCAGUUCGACGGGAUUGGAGCAGCGGUCGUGAGCAUUGCCAAGCAGGGACCAUUGGCCUUCUACAAGGGAUUCAUUCCGGCCUUGAUGCGGGUUAGUCCGAACACGAUAAUCACGUUUAUGCUCUACGAGCAGGCUCGUAUGCGAUUCGGAAAACUUCCCAACAACUGAUGUCCUUUCGAAGUGGCCACUAAAUUAUCAUGUUUAGUCGAAAGGUCGUGAGUACUUUUGAGAUUACUGGACAUAGCACUGCGUCUGUCCAUUGGACCAGAAAUAAUCCUGCGCGGCCUAAUCAGCUGCCACCGUAUGAGCCGCAAGAGGGCUGAACCGCUGAGCCGGUGAACCGCAGGAUGAGGGGACUAGGACCGCUAACCGCUAGGCGCUACACGCUGACCGCUGGUCGCUGGUCGCUGGUCAACGCGGCCAGCUAGUGGGGGUCACUAUAUGGAUAUUAACCGUUUAUGGUUUAUGAAAUUUGCAUACGACCGACCACAUGCAUUCGAGGCACACGUGAGCCUUUACGGAAAACGAGACCCAAUCCGCGGCAAUUAGUUAAGCUGGGUGCUCAUGCCUCGCACCCGUAAUUAGGAAGCGGGGUUAGGCAAGGUGCAAGGGUCGCAACCCCAAACAAAAAAAAAACAACCAAAAACAUGAACAAUUCCGAAGGAUAACUCGAAUUGUAUGUGUGAAAACUGGAAACCUGAAAACUACCUAAUCGAAAACAGGCUCUGGAAAGGAUCGUAAGAUUUAAGGGUGACAUUCUGUGGACUAACCAAAAUACCACUAAUUCUAAAUUUUAAGUUAUUUUUUAAAAGAUAGUUCCAUUUCGUCCUAUUUACUUUAGGCGGCAGUUCACAUUGGUGACGAAAGCGAGAAGUUCACUUCUAUAGCCGAAAUAUUCAAAAUUUUCAUUGUGCGUCGGAUUUGGAUACAUUUUUUUAAUGUUCAUAUGGUACAAGAAAUCUAUAAUCUAUGAAUUAAAAACCUAAUACUUGAAAUUAA